AUGUUAUACACAAAAGGAACAAGGAAAUUUGACAGUCACAAGAGCCACUUGCCAAGCCAUGAAAGCGAAAGGUAAACUACAACUACAGUACUUAUUCUUAACAAUCAACUUAUAAUUUCUGUCAGAGCUUCGGUUUCUUGAAGUUACAUUGAUAAAAUAUUUUUCUUGUGGAGUGAAUUUUUCCACGGUGGGCGAAAAUGCUACGCGUAGGAAGAAGCCAACGCUAUUUUAUGCUAAUGUAAUUUCUUUUUAUAUCUGCAGACGUACUUCCUGUGAAAAGACAUUCUUGCAUGACCAUGUGAGUCACCUCUAUUGGAGGAUUUAAUCCGGUUUUAAUUGAGACAGAGAUAAGAAAACUAUUCAAAGGAAAUCGAAAUACAAACUUAAAACUGACAGAUGUAGCGUAGGCUACAUUUAAGAUAAAAUCUCGUUUCAGCUGGUUCCAGUUUGCCCUUGUUUGCUCCAUUGUAGCAGCAAAUGCAAUAUUUUAGUGGGUUAGCGGAAGUCAUAAAAACCCGGAAGUCCCCUGUUUUAAAUCUACAACCAGUCUACAACGUUGCUGUAACAUUCGUUCUACGCGACUGAAACAGCUGCAAGGGUGCAAGAAACGUCCCGGGACAAUGAAACUACUUUAAGGCCAUUUUAAAGUUGUUUGAAAUAGUGUCAUGGCCGUUCGAAUGUAAUACUCUGAAUGGAAGGAAAUAUCAUUAAAUUCAAUACCGAACUGUGACGCAUACACAACAUUAAAAGAAAAACAGUUUACUAUAUUUACUCUAUGAUGACCUCGUGACUGCGUACUUAAAAUUAGUUUCGAAAACUCCCUCAACAUAAAGGAAGUAACUACAAGGUUUUUUUUUAUAUCCGCUCUGCAUUUCUUGGCGGCAGUGCCUUGGUUUACACAUAAAGUAAGGUCUCACUCGUCCAGCGCUCCAAUUUAAGCAUUUGCAGCCAGAAACUAUGAAGGAGAUUAGCAUCUGCACCGUUUUUCUUGUCCUCUUUGUCUGCGUUGAUGUAAGUACGAUUUAUUUUAAAAACAGAAUCUUUAUAUUAUAGUUUGUACUUCACCUUGGCCGUCAUAUUUUUUUAUGUGGUCCUUUAAUGUGAAUUUAUAUCACAAAUUAUGGAUUACCGCGUCCGAUUUUGGAUUUUCCGUGGAGUUCGAUGUUGUUACAAAUAGGCGGUCCUAAACUGAAUUCUAAAUUUUGCUUUUCUUUUAUGUUUUUUGAUAUACUCUUUGAGAUUUCACCCGUCUUAAAUUUUAAAUCUAAAACAUUAAAGAAAAUUAAUGCUUCGUAUGUUGUCUUUGUUUUAGAAUUCUUUUAUAAAAUUACUCUGUGGCUUGAAGCUUUAAGUUGAAUUGCAGCUAGAAAAUAACGUUAAGGCACUUACAACUGAAUUUAGUAUAAAGAUAUCUCACAGUUUAAGCCAUGUUUAACACCUACUUUUUUUAAUGAAUGAGUCCAUCAAGUGGCUCCUUCAUGGUUCCACGUUAGGUGAGGACCGUUACCUGAGCCCUCAGUUCGUUUUCGUAAAACUUGUCCUUAACUGAUCAUAUUUAAAUACCUAUCCUUUAUAAUUACGUCCAUUUCUCCGAAAUCGCCAGCAGGAUAAAAACCAAGCGAGUUUUAGAUAAAUACUGAGCCCUAUUAUAAAAGAAUAGUAAUAUACUUCUGUUUAUCUUGAGAAUUUCAUCCUCUAACAAAGAAAACUAAAGGUAAAAUCUGACACGGAAUAAGCUUGUCAAGUUCCUAUUCACAUUGCCAAGGAAGUCAUUAACAUUGACAAUGAGCGCUUCGUGGGGGAGGGGGAGGGGGGGGGCUGGGGGGACUUUGGUUGAGUGACUCCUGAGUUGGGGGGACUUUGGUUAAUUGACUCCUGAUCUUCCUACAAUGGACUCAUAAGAUCAGCAGAUGAUAAUAAAAUAAUAAUAAAUCCGCCGAAGGAUAACGUGUUAGGGUCUGGGUGGUUAAGUUUACUAAACAAUAACGGGGCAGCAGCUAAGAAGGCUGAAAAUGAUAUUGGCUUUAAGACGGCUUGGACAGUAAGCAAGACUGGACGCGCCCUUGAUUUUUAAUCAAGUGCACUUCCCCUAUUAUUUUCCGCUCCGCUAGAAUAAUGCGUUGCAAUAUCGACGAAAACGCGGAAUUGGAUUUUCAAAGUGUUACGAAACUAAAUGUAACUGUACGUACCGGUAUGUAUGAAACGUAAAGAAUUCGCUUCAAGCCACCAGUAUUAAAUGCGAAUAUCGUUUCGGUCCGUUUUACAGUGAUCUCUAACCAUAGAUUCCUCCACUCUCUUUUGACUACCGAGCGAAACAGAGUAUACUGAGAACGUGGCUCCGUAUUUUAACAUCACUGAUUCAUUUGAGUGAAAGUGAUCCCCGCCAUAGUGACGCCCACGCGCGGUAAAGGUCUCGACACCCGCAGUGUAUUACCUGGUCUCUUCUUUUGUAGGCACAGCAUCAUGACUGUAACUAUGACGAGUUUUAUAACAGCACAAUAGAGAGAUGCGUUAAAUGCCCAGCUUGUCCAGCUGGAAAAGGAAUUGCCAAAAACUGUAGGUGUGAGUCCUGUAUAAGUGGCCUUACUUACAACGACGGCAAGGAAGGUCGUGGUAAUUGUGAAACUUGUCAGUCGUGUGAAGCCAAAAACAAGAUUGAAGACAAGCCCUGUACUGUGAAAAGCAACGCUGUCUGCAAAUGUCCCAAAGGGUAAGAACUUUUACAUAGUUCAUUGAUUCAGUCAACGGCUGCUAUAAAGAUUGAGCGUGUUGGAGGAGUGGUUAGGGAGGAACAGAGGAUCCAAACCUCUCGCCCCCCUUAACUUGCAUUCCCGGCUCCCACCCCUUUUUGCUAGCUUUCCUCCCUUUAGCCCUUUUUCGGUUGCGAAAUAUUUUAAAAGCAAUUAGUUGUUGCGUAUUUUCCCCCUAUUCCUCCAACUUCCCACUCUUUUAGAAUUUCCUCCUCCCUCCCUUUGCUCUCCCUCCUGCCGUAACCCUUCCGCCACCUAAUCUCCUUGGCUACGACUCCCUGUCCUCCCAGGCUAUAAAGGUGCGCGCAGUUGGCAUCGGCUAAAGAAACCGGUCGUUAUGGCAACUGAAAAACAGAACGACCAACUACAUGUAUAAGAGGCUGUUUUAUGUACGUGUCUCUCUCAUAUAAGUUUACGUUUAAAACGCGUUUGCUGUAUAACUGUCUUCUGAUCUUUUGCACUGUGAGAAAAUUAAACUAUAAUUUUACUUGUGAUCAAGCCAACGUUUUAAAACAUAAGUCAAUGUUUUACAGUUAAUUUAUGUCAGUGGGGAAACGACAAAGAUGUGGUGACGUGCGCUGCAAUAGCCGUCGUUUCGCGUCUCACUGAACUGAAGAAGCUAUCGCCUUGAGCGACAUUGACCGUUGUUUCGACUUGUAUUUAAUAUAUAAAAAAACAAUUCUCUGUCACGAGCGCAUUUAUUUUAUAGGAAAUACGAGACAAGCGAUGGAGAUUGCGAGGAAUGUUCUUAUUGCUGUGAAGAGAAUUGGGAACAAAGCUCCAAGGUCGAGUCUGCCUGCAAAGAACAGGGGCUCGGUCGAUGUAUCUGCAAGCCAUUUUUUUACUGUCCUAAGAAGAAGUGUCCUAACCCAACAAGGCCCAUUGUGACCACAGGGAUACCAAUAACGCCGACAAAGAAGAAGUUAAUGACCAGUCCACAAAACGAGCAGAAGACCCGAACAAACAGUACCUCAACCGUAAGAAAUUCCUCCAAAACACCUGAAUCUCAUAACAGUAAUGCUUAUGAUUCUAAAGCAGAACAUUCACAAAAAGGUGAGAUAAAUAUAACGUUAAUUAGCGCUGUCAUUAAUGAAAUUAACUCUCGGACGUACACACAAAGUCAUAUUCUCCCCGUGGACAAGUGGGGAGGGGGGGAGGGGGUGGUGAUGGAACCUCCCCCUAGGGUUUUUCAUAUGUUGCAGUAUUUCGAAAAUAUUUCACCGUCAGUGUAAUUCUUUUAUAUUCUCUACAAGAUGAGGUAUAUUUUACGGGUGGUGGCUUUGCGGGAGGCCUGUGACGUCGCGAAAGAUGGUCGCCAUCUUGGCCGCCAUUGAUUUUGCAAGAAUUAGAAAAGAGGUAAAAACGGCGAGAAUUGGUAAUUUUUGGGCCUGACAUGUAAAAUAACACAUAAAUAAGUACUUCGCUUUACUUUAUUCACAAGAUUUACUUUUAUUGUUGAAAGAAGUUGAAAAAAGAUGCAUUUUCUUUCAAAAUGGGCUUGACCACCUGCUACUUAUGAUAUCAUAUCUCGUAACCAUAGUAUCUAAUCAUCUUUAAGCUUGUCCGAAAAUGCGCGUGAGGGAUAAACAACGGCCACUGAAAACUUCAGGUGCUGAUGUUUGAUCGUCUGGGAAAAACCUCACAAAAGCCUGAGAGGGGAGUGGCAUCCACCCCCACUUUUACAUCCCAGGGUUAAGGGUUAAGAAGCUUCUUCUUUCAAAUAUAGAGCUAGACAUGAAACGCGUUGCUCAACCUGCCUAAGAGGACUGGCAGUCCCUUAGAUAAUGUGUGUUUUAGCCUACGUACUGAUCCAUGAACCAAGAAAUGUUCUGUUUAUGACUGCUUGACUUACCAUUUGUGGUCUUUCUUUUUCUCUUUUAUAGAAAAAAUCGUUUAUCGCUACCUCAAACCAGGCUGGAUUGUUUUAAUCUGUCUAGGAUCAGUUGUGGUCCUAGGAGCAGCAGCGUUCUUGUCGUGUCGUAAGCAAACCCGGAAAAGGAUUCAUCGUUUUUGCUGCCCGAAUUAUGCAGUGUUAAGUCCCGAUUUUGAAACCACUUCUGCACUGGUGGUGGAAAGUCACUACGCAGAAUCAGCACCAAAUGACCCAGAAGGUUAGUAAAUAUCCCCUUAGAGGAUGGUGAAUAGGGUUGUAAAUCUCAGCAGGAUUGGAGGGGGGGGAUCAAAAGAAAGCAAAAUGACAAGAAGAAAAUGUGACUCUACGACUAUUUUUUAUUUUACUUGUCAAAUGUAAGUAUUAGAUUAUACAGCAAUUACGUCAAAUGCAAACAUGUUCAACCUAAAAUUAAAAGCAAUCAAUGCAGGGCUAGCGGGUCUAAAACAAAUUACUUCUUACUGGAAAUAAAUGUUCCAAAUUGAAAAGAAGACAAAGUCGCUGUCCAAGCUGAGGACGACGAGCCCCAAAACGUCUUAAGCCACUUAGUACGCCUCUUUCAAAUCGAAAAACGUGCAUGCCCACACGAUAGUGAUACAGUCUAACUUUUGCCUUCAGAUGGUGCCACACCCAUUCCCCCUGGGGAAGAACCUGUUCCACGUUGGUAUCCUUCUCCGACUGCAGGUAAGUUAAUAAGGAGCCCGAAGCGUACAAAUGAAAGUGAUCAAAUUUACCCUAAGUUGUUAAAAUGGUAAAUUAGGCUAGUUUUAAGCACCCGCCUAAUAUAAACAGCCUCUGUUAUUCAGUGGAUUUCAAUAUACUUUCACGCACUGAAAAAUGGAUUUUCUGGUCGAGGGGAAGCCAUUAUUUUUCUCAUUCCAGUUUUGAGUAUCUUGUUUCAAAUAUUUGCCAGGAAACAGUAGCAAAAUAGACAGCCCUAGUUUACAUUUUUUGACCACGACAAACAUUGCCCGAGUCCUUUAGUUAAAUAGUUAUAAAUAAACCGACAACAGAAAUGAUAAUAACAAAAUACAAAAUACAUGAUAAAGAUAAUAAAUAACGAAUACAUAAACUUGAAACUUAAAGCGUAAAGGUGCGUAAACGUUAGGUGAGGUCAAGCAACGACAUUUUUGAGCAAUGCACGUCAACCGGAAGUAAGUCCUUGGCCCUCGAUACCCCUUGAUGCUACCAAAUUUGUAUUGCUAAGUGUCUUUGCUCUGAUAGAUGCAAUCUGUUAGAAAUCUUUUUUUUUUUCAAAAUCACUGCCCAGGAUUGUAAAAAGGUCACUUCCGGUUGACGCCCGUCGCUCAAAGACUUCGUUGUUUAAACUCCCCAAUGACAAUUGGUAUUUUAACUUGGCACUCUCGUAACUGGUGACGAUUACUGCUGUAUAGAUUUUUAAGGCUCAUUCUGGUGUUUCUUUUUUUCCCCAACCCUUAGAAUACGUAUACCGUAACUGUGGGACCAGGGAGAAAGAAGACUUGCAGAUAGAGUGCGAAUGCACCAUGGACAAGUCAGGUAAAACUCGAAUUCCCUCCGCCAUAUGCCAUACCAAAUGUCGGUAGAGACUAUGUGCUGGCUUCAAGUUAAGAUUUUCUAAGAUUGUUAAUGGUCGUUCAUCAUUAAAGGUUAAAUCAGUCAGUUUUAGUUGACAAAUUGGUUACCACUGAUCUGAUUACUGAUCAGGGCCGGGUUUUUCUACUAUUUUGUGACCAUUCCUAAGUUUGUUCUGCCGUAUGUUUCUCUCUCCUGGUUGUCACAGAUUACUUGACCGAAGGCAUAUUAACCGGUUUAGAUAGCACAAAGAGGAGAAUAUAAAUUUUAUUAGAAAGCAUAGAAUUAAAACCGGUUUGGGAAAUUAACUUCUCACUUGAUCGUAUGUUACCUUACGUAACCUGACCCUGAUUCUCUUUAUAGUUUCCCUGAAUGAUGAGUCUGAGGAAACCUUCGAAGAAUUAGAUCCGUACCGUUCAACAAAAUAUGGAAACUGCUCACUACAUAGGCUGAGAAAACAGCCAACAUUUGGCGCCGCUACCACUGGUUUCCCAGAAAAAUGACGUCUGAGAAACGAGCGCAGAAAUUCCAUACAGAUGACGCGUCACUACCCAGAUCUGGGUAGUGACGCGUCAUCAGUAUGAAAUUUCGGCCCUCGUUUCUCAGACGUCAUUUGGCGGGGAAACCAGUGGUAGCGUCACCAAAUGUCUGCUGUUUUCUCAGGCUACUCAUUACACGGUUCUAAUUUCAUAUAUUUCCCAUUUGGAUUAGGUAGUAAACGACUUGAAAGUGAAUGAACUUAACUCAUGUAUGGUUUCUAUCUUUUAGAGACGUCCAGCGAAAAACUGGUGCCGAUCUCAUCUUCUACAGAAACAAUCUCAGAUGAACCGUUCCAUUACUCUAAGGAACCAGAUCAAGAAAGGCAGAUUUCAGCUGGCAGAAUUUCUCCAAGUUCUUCCACGUCGUCUCGUUCUUCUUGUCCUCAAUCAUCUCAUUUUUAUUGCGGCACAUGCUCUUCGUCUUCAAACUGUGUUACUCCCUCGCAACUUUCUGGAAGUUCAACUGAUCGCAUGUCGUCUUUUUCAAACAGCGCGACCUUACCUCCAAGUCGUGAACGGUCGCCUGAUCCCGGCUUAUCCUGCAUGAGUGCAACAUCCCUCCAGGGGCGAUCACCAACACAUCGCUGCGUAGCGCCUUCGACCUGUUUGUCCCCAGCUUCCUUCCGCGAACGGACGCCCACUCCACCAUCCCUUCCAACCCUUUUAAGCCAUUCUAGUUUUCCGGAGGAACAAGAAAUAUGUAAUCAGAGUAGUGAAUAUGCGCAGAGCCAGGAGCCGCUGACACCAGUCAGCGUAGAAGUAUACGACAAAGAGGUCAAUGGAAACUCCAAUAAGGCGGAAAGGGAGAAUGUAUUGCCAACAGCGGGAAAAGGGAAGGAGGGACGGCCUGUGGUGACAAAAAACAGUUCUAGUCCAAAGAAGGGCCUGGCUUGUGCUCGUAAUCGAGAAUAUAGGUCUACAAAACACAGUGGCUGCGCGGAGGAAGACGUAACCCUGAUCCACGCUAGGGAUGGAGGUCUAGGAUAUUAUACAACAGCAACCGAUGUCAACGAUAAAGAAAAAAGGACCUUCAAGGAGGAGGAAAACGACUGUAUAUAUCGCCCCAUUCAACGAGGCAGCGAGGACGCCCAACACCGCUGCUCAGGUGAUUUUAUCCCGACUUAUCUUGAACUAAAAAUGACUUAAGUAAACUAAAUGUUAUUUAGAGAGUUUGACACUUGGCUGUUUUAAUGACCGAUAAGUGUUUCUAUUUCAGUAACUGCAGAAGCAAACUACGAUAGAAAACUUACUAAAAAGCAUACAUUGUUAUAUAUUGACCGUAUUUUUUGGGGGUAAAAAAUUAUUUGAAGACCUUUCUAAAUGACUGAUUAGUUUGACAAGUUUUACUAUGUCGCGCGUUCAUAACGACCCCUGCUUCGAACCGAGAAAUAUUGGGGAACUAACUCUCAGAUGAUCUGAUUGCUUUCCGAGUAAUGAUAUAAGCGGAUCGGAAGAUUUCCCGGACCCCAGCAACCUGGAGAUUAGGAUUGCGCACUCCUUUUGCGCCCCCCCCCCCUUCCUGCCCCCCACCUCGAUAAUUUCAACGGAUGCGAGAGCCCUUUUAGUUUUGAGAUAUUUCUUAUUUGUGCACUGAUUUGAUUUUAAUUACUUGUUUUUGUCCUUUUUUGUCACAGAGUGUUGCCCUCAGCCGGAUUAUUCAUUCUUCAAGCUGAUAGAAAGAGAGCGAACGUGCCUAAAGGAUUACAUUUGUAAAGAGCUGAACAAAGGUUCUGACUAUAAAGAGGCAGCCAGAUAUUUUCGUGUAGAUCAUAAAAUGAAGGAUUACGACGCCAGUUCAAAUCCCUCUGAACGAGUUUUAGAUAACAUUAAAGCUUCGCAUCCUGAUCUUGAGUUGAAGGAAUUUGAGAAGAUGCUUCGCGAGAAGCCUAAUAAGCGAUUGGACAUAAUUGACAUUAUUCAAAAUCAUCACAUCUCCUGCACACUUUGUCAACGCAACAGAUUUGACGCAAAGGCUUAG